AUGUCGUUCAGUGGAACCCAGGACAAGUGCAAGGCCUGCGAGAAGACUGUCCAUUUCAUUGAGCUAGUGCGCGCCGACGGCGUCCCUUUCCACAAGACCUGCUUCAGAUGCAGCCACUGCAAAGGAACUCUUUCUAUCAGCAAUUACUCUUCCGUGGAUGGCAUCCUCUACUGCAAACCUCACUUCGAGCAGAUCUUCAAGGUUACUGGAAGUUACAGCAGCAAGAAUCUACUGGCUUCCAAGUCUGCGGGAGAGAAGGAACUGACGAGGGUUCCGAGCAAGGUGUCUUCCAUGUUCUCUGGAACUCAAGAAAGAUGUGCCAGCUGCAACAAAACGGCGUACCCCCUUGAGAAGGUUACGGUGGAGGGGGAGAUAUACCACAAGACGUGCUUCAAGUGCUUCAAAGGCGGGUGCACGCUGACGGCGUCGUCGUACGCGGCGCUCGACGGCGUGCUCUACUGCAAGCACCACUUCUCGCAGCUGUUCAAGGAGACGGGGAGCUACAGCCAGCUCACCAAGAACGCCUCCAUGAAGCGCAGUGCCAGUUCCAGGAGGUCGUCGGAGGACUCGUCGGCCCUCGAGGAGGCGGCGGCGGCGGCAGUGGCGGCCGAAGCGGGAGCAGCAGCAGCAGCGGCAGCGGAGGCACCGUAG